GGUGGAAUAGUGUUAAUAUAAAUUGAAAGCAGUCUUGAUGCUGUUUGACAAAGAUUCCAUAGAUUCUAUUCAGCAGUAUAUCACCAAGCUGACGGAAUUUUUGUCAAUUUAUACAUGGAUUGUGGACGCCUAUGUAUCGGAUUACUUCACCCAGAAUCACUGGGAUAAACUCCCCUCAUUGUGGACAGAAUCCCUGCUUAACACAGAACCUACAGAACUGGUGUGGCUGUUGACAGAUGAAAGCCCAGUAUCCAAGGUUUGGCCUCUCUCACUUCUGGCCUUCAGACAGUGCACACGUACUUACUCACUACCAAGGUCACAACAAGAGGUCAAAGUGCAAGACUUGUUAAAACUUUACUUGCAGAGACAUGGACAAGAUCAGAAAAAAAUCAGCUUGGUUCCUCAACCAGUCACAAAUCCGGACAGGUCCUACAAUGAGUAUCUCAGAAAGCAUGUAAAACCAAAGAAACUUCACGAAAUCAGAAGUCUGGGGAAGACUUUAAAGGUUCUUGGAAAUGCUUGUAACUGUGAGCACAUUGUGGAUGUGGGAGCAGGUCAAGGUCAUUUGUCAAGGUUGUUGACCUUUCAGCAUGGGUUCAAGGUGACAACAGUGGAGGCAGAAGGUUGCCAUGCCCCCAAAGCACAAAAAUAUGACAGAGAUGCUCACAGACAGAUCUCAAAGGUAAAAGGUCACACAGAGACUGAAAGUGAGGCUGAGCUUCCAUGUCAUGUGACUUGUUACAUCACAACAGACACUACACAGGGGAAGUUCAUAGACAUUGUUCAGAAAUCUUUCAAUAGGAGUAAUGUCAGCAGCCAUUGUGAAUCAGAACAUGGGCUCAAUAUAAAUAAGAUGCAAUCUGAAUCAGUAGAUGAAAAGCAAAAUGUAGAGAGCUGUUGUAGAGAAUCUAACAAAAAACCAAAACUGACAAAUAGCUCCACAUGUACUGAUAUGGACUGUGAUGAUCAAGAUGCAUUCUUGACUUCUCCUAAAACAGGUCAAAGUCAUGGAAUUUUGGGUGUGCACAUUUCGAGCAAGAAUUAUUUAAGUUUGUCCAGUAAAAACAAUUUCUGUGAAAAUUGUGAAAAAUGCUCACAUUCCAAGUCAUUUAGUUCAUGUGAUAGUAAUUCAAGCCAUUUAAACAAUCAUUUGACUGGAGAACAGGCAAUGGUUGAUUCAUGUCAAUGUGAUAAACACCAGGACACCAAAAUUAAUCAGGAAUGUGAGGUUCUAAACAGUGAGACUGAAGAAUUCCACAGAGAGGACACUCCAACCAGACAGCACUUUCUCCUCACUGGGCUCCAUGCCUGCGGGGAUUUAACUCCCACAAUGCUUAGAGUUUUCACUUCCUGUCCAGAUAUAGCAGGACUGGCAUCUGUUGGCUGCUGUUACAUGAAAAUGUCUACUCCACAGAACACUAAGACAGACCCUGUUGGCUACCCUAUGAGUAAUUUCGUCUCCAGUUUACCACACUCAGUCCUAAGUUAUGAAGCUCGAGAGAUGGCCUGUCAUUUUGCAGAUUCAUACAUUCAAAGGUUGAAAGAUAACCCACCAUCUCUGAGGUUACACUGCUACAGAGCAGCCUUACAGUGGAUAAUUCUACAUAUAAAACCUGAUUUUGUAACCGGGGAACAGAAACUGACCAUUAGAAAAGCUGAAAAACUGACAUUCAAACAAUAUGUUAGUCUUGGAUUGCAGAGAUUUGGUCUUAACUGUGAGGUGCCAGAGGAAAUUCUGGAGGGAGCCACAGAACGCCUAAAAGAGUGGAGACAAGUAGUGGCAUUUUACACCCUCCGCCUGAGUCUGAGUCCAGUAGUGGAGUCCUUGCUGUUACUAGACAGACAGAUGUACCUGUAUGAACAAGGUAUAUCAUCUCUAGCGCUGCCAGUUUUUGAUCCAAAGAUUUCACCCAGGAACUUUGUGUUGUUAGCAAAGAAGUGACAUUGGAAAUGUAAAUUACUUUUCUCCAACUGUGAUACAGAAAAAAACACGCUUAUUGCAAAGUUCCAGGGAUAACUAUGGAAUGCCAUAGCUGCCUGAAGGUCACUUUCAUAUUAUAUGAGGUGGUAUAACCUUUAUAUAAAGUGGUGAAAUCAUUAUAUAUAGUAGUAAAAUCAUUAUACCCAGUGAUAACUUUAUUAAAUGCAGCGGUUUUAUCAUUAUAGAUAGUGGCAACAUCAUUAUAUGUAGUGGUUAAAUAAUGUAAUGAAGUGAUAGUAUCGUUACAUUAUGCUGUAAAAUCAUUAUAUGUAGUGAAAUAUUUCUAUGAUGUGAUAUUAAGGAGGCUGGGGGGUCAACAAAUUAACCAUCAGAUAUAACUUAUUUUUUUUCAGAUAUGAUAUCUUAAGCUGUCAACUAUCAUUUGGCAAAGAAAAAAAAAUCAUACAUUUUAGUUUUAAAAUUUGAUCAUUUUUGUAUAUCUUUAUAUUGAGCUCUUCUUCUAAAGGAGAUCAAUAUAGUUUAAAAUUGCCACGACCACCCAGCCCUCUUAAGUUCAAUAUAUACAUUUAUAAACAUAGUUUGUGUGAGAUUGCAAUCUUUACAUUAAAUGAAACACAAUGUA